GCAGCAGGCUUUCCCACCUCGGUAUCCCGGAACAGGAAAGUCCUAGUUUAGCUUUCCCCCAUAAGAUCCUGUCUCCCUCCCCCCGCUGCCUUCCCUCGCCUUUGGCCCUUGCGAGAGGAGCCUCUUUCCGUGCGGGACGGGGCUGAGCUGCUCGGGGCAGCCGCCGAGGCGGCGGGACAUGGGGACAGAGCUCCGGGGACCUGCUGGUCGGGAUCAGCCUUGAGCCAGCAGUCUGGUGUCCGAGCUGCCUUGAGCACGCAGGGUUGAGUCGGGAUCCUGAACUUAGUGAUUUUUUUUUUUCCCCUCCUAUUUUUUUUUUUUUUUCCCCACUCCCUCCCCCGCCCCCUCUUCCCUCGGUGCUUCUGAGGAGCCCGUAAGGUCUGCAGCGACAGAGACUGGGGAAGGAGGAAGAAUUAAGGAAGGGAAAAGAUGGCGAGUUGCAGGAGCAGCGUGGAGAAAGCGGCGUUUUUGUGCUUCUUGCUGGCCAUGGGGAGCCUAACCUCCUGUGCUCGGCCUGAAGAGGAGGAAGACCAAGAAAAGCAGCGCUCCUGUCACGGUGCCUUUGAUCUCUACUUCGUCCUAGAUAAGUCUGGAAGUGUCAGAAAUCAUUGGACAGAGAUUUAUUCCUUUGUGGAAAGCCUAGCUGAGAAAUUCAUAAGUCCAAUGUUGCGGAUGUCUUUCAUAGUUUUUUCUUCACGAGGCACUACAGUCAUGAAACUAACAGAAAACAGGGAAGCCAUAAGACGAGGGCUCAACAUUCUUCAGUAUGAAGUGCCUGGAGGAGACACGUUCAUGCAUGAAGGAUUUAAAAGGGCAAAUGAGCAGAUUUACCAUGAAACCUAUGGAGGAGUUCGGACUGCUAGUGUUAUUAUUGCUCUGACGGAUGGAGAAUUGCAAGAAGUUCAGUUUUAUUAUGCAGAACAAGAAGCCAACAGAGCCAGAAGCCUUGGGGCUAUUGUUUAUUGUGUUGGAGUGAAAGAUUUCAAUGAAACUCAGCUGUCAACAAUUGCUGACAGCAUCGAUCAUGUUUUUCCAGUUACGGGAGGCUUUUAUGCCCUAAGAGGAACCAUUGAUUCAAUUCUCAAGAAAUCUUGCAUUGAGAUCCUAGCAGCUGAACCAUCAAGUGUUUGUGCAGGAGAAUCAUUUCAAGUUGUGGUAAGAGGCAAUGGCUUUUAUCAUGCAAGAAAUAUCGACCAGGUACUCUGCAGCUUCAAACUCAACGACAGCCUUACUAUCAAUGAAAAGCCAACCUUUGUUCACGAUACUUACUUACUUUGUCCUGCUCCAGUGAUAGAAGAUGCUGGACAGGUGGUUUUCCUACAAGUCAGCAUGAACAACGGGCUAACAUUCAUCUCCAGCUCUGUCAGCAUCACCAGCACACAGUGUCUGACUGGGACCAUCCUUUUCAUUGCUCUGCUGAUACUCUUUCUGCUGCUGGCUCUGGCUCUUCUGUGGUGGUUCUGGCCCCUCUGCUGCACAGUGGUCAUCAAGGAGCCACCGCCACCACCACCUCCAGAGCCCGAAUCAGAUGAUGAAGAUGGAUUGCCAAAGAAAAAGUGGCCAACUGUGGACGCAUCUUAUUAUGGAGGUCGAGGUGUUGGUGGGAUAAAGAGGAUGGAGGUGCGAUGGGGAGACAAGGGGUCAACAGAGGAAGGAGCAAAACUGGAGAAGCCCAAAAAUGCUAUUAUUAAGUUGCCAGAACAGGAGUAUGAGCCAUGGGAACCCAAGCCGAAAAAGCCCCAUGUGAGAAAACCACCUUCCCAGCGGAAAUGGUACACUCCGAUCAAGGGCAAACUUGAUGCACUGUGGGCUUUGGUUCGACGAGGCUAUGAUCAAGUCUCUCUUAUGAGACCGCAGCCAGGGGAUAAGGGAAGAUGCAUCAACUUCACUCGGGUGAAAUCAGAUGGAACCUCUGCCCCUUACAGCCCACCACCAAAGCUGCCACGGCGUGACAAUGUUCCUCUCAACAGUGCUCCAAGGAAUCCUUCUCCUCCUGUGUCUCUGCAGCCUCCUUCCAGGCAACCACCUCCUGGACCACCCCCAUCCCGAGCCCCUCCUGGACCACCUCCUUCACGUCCACCCCCACAGCCCAUGGCUUAGAGUGCAGCAAAACCUUCAUCGACAAAACAUGUCUCUUUGCUGAACACAGCAUAUUUAUUGAGUAUUGGUUUACAGUUGAAGAUAUCAGAAUUUGUUGCUGGUCAGCAAAGAAAAAAAGAAAAAAAUUGCCAAGUGUCAAUUUUAGUGUAUGAAUAUAUUUAUACCACACGUGCUGAGUAAUCAUUCAGUGGAUAGAUUCAGAGCUAUGGGGUAUAGAAACAAACAAAAAUUAUCACCUAGAUACAGUAGCAGCUUUUGUUAUGUAUACAUUUGAAGAUCUAUUUACAUCUGACAUUUGUCUGACUUGGUAUGUCAGAUCAUUCAGUAAUAACUUUAGUCAGUACAUGUUCAUCAGUUGCUUUGAUAGCUGCCACCUGCAAGUUAGUUAAACCGAGUUCAUUGAGGAAUUUGCUUUUUUUUUUCCCCAACAGUACUGCAUCCAGAUGCUAAUAUUAGAACAGUAAGUGCAAAGAAAACUUUCUGCUUUUGGUUCUGCAGGUGGAAUUUCUAUGAAAGUUUAUAAGAAGGCUGUAACAAUAAUGAGGUAAAAUGAGACUAUGUACCAAUAAUCUAGCAACAGUAAUCCAGCAUUGAAAAGAGGUUUGUUUUUUUUUCUCCAGAGAAACUGAAAAAAUCAUUUUUGAACCAGCCAUCUCUGCAUAUGUUUAGACUUCAUGCAUAUGAUAGCCACUGCAGGCCAGACAUGGGUUUGAGAAAUACAGUCCUUGAACAAGGCCUGGGUUCAGAUUUGUCCAAAGUUCAGAGGAAUUUUUAGAAAAAUAUUUUGGCUGGAUAUGUAGUUUUUAUUUACCAAAAUAAUGGUCCAAAAUGGAGCAAAUACACAUGCAAUUUGAGCAUGAAUGCUGUAAUAUGCAAACAGCAUAAGUUAUUUAUAUCAGCAGCAUUGAGGGACUGAUUCCUUUGCCGUUAAAUUAGAUACAUUUCCUUUUGAUCUUACUGCCAUGUAGGACUAGAUCCUCUUGUGAUUCAAAUAUGAAUUCCUCUAUGAGUAGCUGUUUCCUUAAACAGCCCACAUCCCACUAAUAUGUCACCUUGCAGUCUACCUGUGGCUGAGAGGCAUGGCAUGAUAUGUCAAUAUGAGCUUUUAUCUGUUUUAUAUAAUGUUUGGCUAGAGGAUUUCCCAGACAUUGUGACUGCUCACCCAUGACCUCAAUUCUGUGUGUCAUCAGAAAGUGAUGUGAGCACCCACACAGAGGUGGGAAUUUAUGACGCGGGACUGUGGGAUAGCCCAUGAAUAGUGUUCACUAAGCAAUACCUGAAUGGGUUGUGCCCAGAUCACUCCCUAGUGAAUCAAAAUCACACCUGAGCUUGCUUUUUCAUAUAGUAUUGGAGAGGGUGGCUAUAAAUCCCUAUGCUGGUUUGCUUUGGCACUGGCUGUGUUACUAGGAUAGUUGUAGGAAUAAUGUUUAUAUUGCAUUAUGACACAGCAUGUAGCUGUCUCUCCAUCUGUGUGUGGGUGUGUAGUACAUCACAGUAGUUACUAUUGCAGAAGUCCAAGAUAAAGUAUGGACUGUAAUGUGUAGUUACUCCAGAUUUAAGGCCUCUUCUUAGAGUUGUUACAGGUACAUAAAUUUGCACUGGUACAAAUAGAAAUCAGGCUUACUAUUUCCAGUGGAAGUCCCACUUGCAGAACACCAUACCAAGCUCUCAUCAGUCUGUUCUGAUCACUGUGACAUGCCGUGUGUAUGCAGCUGAGGCUGUCAAAGAUAAACUCAGAAGAACCACAGAGCCUCCUUCUCCCCUUGCACUGCUCUGCUCUCUUGAGUUAUACUCUUACCUCAUGUAUAUUGGUGCAGGUAGUGGAAUCACACUCAUGGGUGCCAGCUGACCUUGGAACUGUUCCUAAUUUAGGCCUGAGCCCACAAAGCACUUCUGCAUGCAUUAAAUGUCCUGCAGGUCAAGAGGAACCUCCUUAUGUCCAAGCACUUUGCUGACCUGUGAUCAGAAAGGAGAAUUGGGAUGCAUUCAACCCUAAACUCAUUCUUUUUAGUCACUUGAAUAGGGUCUUCAUAAUUUGAUCCAUAAGAAUGGAUUUCUGUUUGGAGGAGAGAGACGUGUGUGCGUCUGUGUUUGUGUGUGAGAACUGUGUAGGUUUUUGUUUGGUUUCUCUUCCUUUACAAAAAUUGCUUGGAAAGAAGCAUUUCUAUGACUGGAAAGGCCUUUUGUAGCCAGUGCAACACACAAUCAUUGCUUACUUUUCUCAGUUUCUUCCAACUAAAAUGUGAAACUAAAACGUGUUUAGUUUUCCACGGCAGUUCUGGUGAAGCUCCACUUUUGACAUCACUGAAAGGAACUGGGUAACUGCAGUGAGGGGGUAAGGACCUGGGUAUGGGAGAAGGUGCUUUACAGGCAGAGAUCAUUGGUUGACAUUAUUUUGGUCAUAUGGAAGCCUAUGUGAAAAAAAUCUUGCUGUGUCUAAGACCAGUGGUGAUGUGUAUGUAACUUUGAACCAAACAGCCACUCAUGUUAGCCAUCUAAGUAUAAUUAGCCAACAGAUGCUAACCAGAAAUUAAAAUGGUACAGGGUAAUAAAGCUGAUUCCCCUGCCAGGGAAAAACACAAUGCUUGAGGUUUAGCUGCUUGUGGCAGUGAUGCAGACCACUGCUCUGUAGAUGCCAAAUUUCUUAUCAGCAGGCGGCAAGACUGAAACAAUGGUGGUGCUCACAAAUUAUGUAAUAAUAAAAGGGAAAACUUGCUUACAGAAUUAGUAUCUGCUAGUAAAGUUGAAUUGAAGUGUAAGGAGUAAACCUUGGCUUGUGAAAAAGCCUGGAAGCCAGAUUUUGUGUUGUCUUGCACCUACACAGAUCCUGAAAGGAGUCAGUAGAGUUGUUGCUCUUUUGUAGAUUUGCAUUGAUGUUACUGCUGAUGGAAUUUGACCAACAUUCCAGUGAAAAGGGAGGUGUUGGCUUAGGGAGGGAUUCUCAUAAUCAUACAUCCAACAUACCUGUUGUUUGCAGUUGAGGAGAAUAUUCUUCUUUGCUGGAACAGCCAGUCUUGCAGAGAUUAUAGAUACAAUUUCUGCAUAACUUGCAAGUGCAGUGAGGACAGGAGUGGUUUGGGUUUUCAGGUGAUCAGAUCUAUAUAUGUUAAUGCAAGCAACAUGAAUUUUAAUAUUAGAUUCAGCAUAAAUGGAGUUCCCACCAUUUUCAUUAUAUAAAUUAAGCAUAAUAAUAUUUGAUGUUUAACUCAAGUUUUGGCUGCAGCUUCUGUGAUAGGAGCACUGCAAGUUUAGUUUGUCAAUAACGUGGGAAGAAGAGAAAGUGAACCUGAACUAUAUUGCCUUUGCAAAGGUGGGGGCAGUGGAUAUACUGCACUGGCUAUAGAAAGGCCUUUUGGCUAUGUAGAAAUGUAUCUAUUGACAGUGAUCUCAGGCACUAUAACAAUACAGUAGGAGAAACUGGUUGCUAUUUUACUGUCUUUUGCGCUUGAGCCUUACCUGGUGUAAGUCAACAUAGGCCAGCUGAAAUCAAGGCAGUAAUACUGGUGUCUAUCAGCUGAGAGCUAUCUUAAAAUAAAUGAAGGGACAAAAUCCCUCUGUCUGGCUUGAUAUUUCAAUGUUUGUUUUGGUAUGCUUGUGUUCAGUUGUGAUUACUAUAGUUACGUUGCUAAGAAACGUUCUCAUGUGGGAUGAUUCCCCUGUAUUUUCCAAUACAUAGCAGCAUUUUAAACAUGCAAAAAGUGAGUAUCUAAUCCUUCCCUAAAUCAGAGAAAAAUGUGGAUUCAGGGGACUUUUGCCUCGUAUUUAGCACAGAUGUGAAAUGACACAAGGUGCAAGGCAGCAGGGAGGGAGACCCCAUGUGUUUAAAGCUGAUACAGAACCACAUUGAUCAAAGUGUAUUUAUGACCAUGUUUCAACCUACAUGCAUGGAUUGCCAUUUGUGGGAGUAGCCUGCAGAGCAGACUGUUCUAAAUGUAGAAGGGAAAAAAAAAAAAAGAAGAAGAAAAAAAAAUUUAAAAAGAAAGAAAAAGAAUCAGCUCCUCAUCUGAAUGAGCGAGCAUAACAAUGAAUGACAUUAUUUCAUGAACUGUACCAGUUCAAAUGCAUGUGCACCUGGUGCUUCUAAUGCUUUUUACUCCUCUUGAUCUUAAAGCAAAACAAUCAGCAAUAUGCUUUCUCUCUGUAAUUGUUUGCUGUUUUUAUUGUUGUUUUGGGUUUUUUUGUUUUGUUUUUAAACAUUUAAUUGAGAAAACAGACCUACUUCUGUAAAUAUAGAGUUUAAUUUGGAGGAGACAGCACACUUCUGGAUGUUACUGCUGGACAGUUAUUUAUUAAAAGGGGCUUAAGGUGAAUAAAUACAGGUGGCUCAGGAUGCAUGCAAGUGUGAUAAUGCAGUAUAGCAUUUUUAGUUCUCUUUAGUUUUGGGGGAAGGGGGAUUUUUGGGUCAUCCUAGUUUGUUUAGAAGUUCAUUACUGACCUGAAACUUUUGAAUAGUGUAGUAAAGAUGCUAAACAUACAACAGUGCUUGAACAGAUGUGUGGAUUGUGAUAGAUUUUUCACUUGGGAGGACGGGGUAGUGAAAGAAAUGUUAUAGUUUUUAAGGGAAAAAAAUGUACUGUACUAAACUUUUUUUAGAAAAAUGUCUGUUUUCAGAAAUAGUGGGGAUGUAGGCUGAUAGUCAGCUGGGGCAUGGAGAUGAGGGACACAGGAAGCAGUUGGAUUUUUGACAAAGAAGUUUUAUAUGGGGUUUAACUUUAUUACUGGUACAUGUGGUACAAAUUUCUGUAACUGACAUGCUGCUUCUAUGUUAUAAUCAUAACCUUUAUGCAUUUUAUGCGCCUGCUCUAUUUUUCCGAGAAAACCCUGCAAAUGUAAAACCUGCAUGCAGAUGUGGGAGAUGUAGCCAAAGUCUUAUAAUCCAACCUAAUGUAGUCUUGAUGGAUUCAAAAUCAACAAUAAAAGUGCUUACUGGUUAAA